GGGACACAGGUGGUACUGAACAACAACGUGAGUUAGCUAACUACGUAGCUAGUUAGCUGACACUCACAUACAAUAGUAACGAACAUAUUUUUGUAUGACAAAGAUUGCAAUGAAACCAAGUGGCUCUCGUGGCAAUAGAACAUUAAACGAGUUGUCGGAAACAGAUCUUGACAUAGCGGGGAACCCGUACUCUGUCUCUGUCCUUAAAGUGGGCUAUUGUGUCUCGCAACCGGAUGGGUCUUUCCGAGCUGACGGGACUAUAACGCUUCUAACCGGACCGAAGACGGUCCUGGUAGACACAGGAGGACCAUGGGACCAGGAAUUUCUCCUCGCACGCCUCAAAGAGAAGGGGUUCGAGCCGGGAGACAUCGAUGUAGUUGUGGGCACACACGGGCACUCGGACCAUAUAGGAAACCUCGGAUUGUUUCCAGGGGCGUUGGUGGUUGUUGGUUGUGAUAUCAGCCAGGGUGACAGGUAUCUCCCCAACCAGUUGGCGGACGGACAGCGCUACCCAGUAGAUGAGUAUGUGUCGCUGGUGCCUACACCAGGCCACACGGGACGGGACGUCAGCGUGCUGGUGAGCGGCACCUGCAUGGGCGCGGUCCUCGUUGCCGGGGACCUGUUUGAGCGCUGCGCCGAUGAGGAAAGCUGGCGGGAGCUGAGCGAGAACGUGACAGUGCAGGAGACCAACCGACAGGAGGCGCUACGCACCUCUGAUGUCAUCAUCCCGGGACACGGGCUCCCGUUCAGGGUACACAGAGACUGAAUUAACCCCGGCCCAUACAUAAUUAUAUCCAUACUUGCCCACUUAGAAGUAUAAAGCCACACGUUUCAUGUGGACUGUGGACGGGCAAUGUGGCAACUGCUGUGUGUGUUAUCUGAGUAUGUUAACAGGCCAUAAGAGGAUCUAUUGAAUAGAUUCUCAUGUGGGAACAUCAUGAUAAGAAUGUCAGUCUAACAACUGUUCAUUAAGACAGCUGUGAUGUGGCUACGAGCAUACUGGUACAUGAAACUGGCCAUGAGGGGAAUCACUGCUGAUAAGACCGUGUUAGGCCUGGUUAGACUGUGUUAGGCCUGGUUAAACUGUGUUAGGCCUGUUCAGACUGUGUUAGGCCUGCUUAGACUGUAUUAGGCCUGGUUAGACUGUGUUAGGCCUGAUCAGACUGUGUUAGGCCUGGUUAGACUGUGUUAGACUGUGUAAGGCCUGGUUAGACUGUGUUAGGCCUGUUCAGACUGUGUUAGGCCUGGUCAGACUGUGUUAGGCCUGGUCAGACUGUGUUAGGCCUGCUCAGACUGUGUUAGGCCUGGUUAGACUGUGUUAGGCCUGGUCAGACUGUGUUAGGCCUGGUCAAACUGUGUUAGGCCUGGUUAGACUGUGUUAGGCCUGGUUAGACUGUGUUAGGCCUGGUUAGACUGUGGUACUGACCCAUGAUGUCACCCAUGAUGUCACCCAUGAUGUCACCCAUCAUGUCACCCAUUCCCCCCAUCACCACCUUGUGAUGCCGUGCGAUAAGACACUGAGAGAUCACACUUCAUCAAUCAAUGGUUUAACAUCACACACUACAGAAGCCGAGCGUGUGGGUGUGUAAGUGCGUGCGUGUGUGUGUGUAAGUGUGUGUGUGUGUGCCAGGUACAGGAUGGUGGUUAAUGUGCGUGGUGAGACGUAUCAAUAAAAGGUUAAUAGACAUCCCUGUCAAAUGUUAUUUUUUCUCACAGCAAGCAAUAAACUAUCCACUGGUAUUUUCAGUCAAUGUCAGGGAUGCAAUAAACUUCAGUUACUAAAAGUGA